GCAACUAUCUUGAGCCCUCUUUGGUGGUGGCGGUGACGGCGCAGUGGGCGUGGCUUGAGCGCGGCGCAGAGGAGAGAGUCUGGUCGCUGGUGAAGCCGAGCGGAGUCCAGAGCGAGAGGGACCCGGGCAGCGCGCCUGACUACGGGAUGUGCUUCUACGGUGAUCUCCGGCUGUGUGGGUGAUCCUCCGUCACCAUGAAAGACUAGGAAGUGGGAUCUCCAAAGGGAAAUGGCUUUUUUAGUAAAAUCCUUGCCCUGCCCCGUGGCGCAUGACUCCAGCCACCUCUGAAGGACCUGUAGCUUUUCAUGGGAUCCUCCCGGCUUUUGCACGCUUGAGGAUUUUAAACUUUUCCAGAGGAAGCGUUUUGUUUUUUGUUUUUUUGUUGUUGUUUUUUUUAAAAUCUCAAUUCAGGUGCAUCAUCACCUUUUUCUGGUGGCAAAAUGGCAAACAACUCCUACAGUGGGGUGAAGAACUCCAUAUUGGAGGCCAACCAUGACGGAGAGUUUGGCUGUACGCUCAAAGAACUGCGAUCCCUAAUGGAACUCAGAGGCACGGAGGCGAUAACCAAAAUUGGGGAGUCUUACGGGGACAUUCAAGGACUUUGCAAUCGAUUAAAAACCUCACCUAUAGACGGUCUAAGUGGUCAGCCGGCGGACAUUGAGAAGCGGAAAACUGUUUUUGGACAGAACUUUAUACCACCCAAAAAGCCCAAAACGUUCUUACAGUUAGUGUGGGAGGCCCUACAGGAUGUCACCCUGAUCAUCCUGGAAGUGGCAGCCAUAGUUUCACUAGGCCUUUCUUUUUAUAAACCUCCAGAGGGCGAAAGAGAGCACUGUGGAAAGGCAGCCGGUGGCGUGCAUGACGAGAAUGAGUCAGAAGCUGGCUGGAUCGAGGGCGCUGCCAUCCUUCUGUCAGUUAUCUGUGUUGUGCUGGUGACAGCCUUCAAUGACUGGAGUAAAGAGAAGCAGUUCAGGGGCCUCCAGAGCCGCAUAGAGCAGGAACAGAAGUUUACUGUGGUCCGCGGGGGCCAGGUCAUCCAAAUUCCUGUGGCCGAGAUCGUGGCCGGUGACAUUGCACAAGUAAAAUACGGUGACCUUCUGCCUGCUGACGGAGUCCUCAUCCAAAGCAAUGAUUUAAAGAUUGACGAAAGCUCGCUCACUGGAGAGUCUGACCAUGUCAAGAAAACACAAGAGAAAGAUCCGAUGCUCUUAUCAGGCACUCAUGUCAUGGAAGGCUCAGGGAAAAUGGUGGUCACGGCUGUGGGCGUCAACUCGCAAACUGGAAUCAUUUUCACUUUACUUGGGGGUCACGAGGAGGAUGACGACGAUGAGGAAGAAAAGAAGAAGGAGAAGGAGGAGAAGAAGAAACAGAGAAAAAAUAAAAAGCAGGACGGCUCCGUGGAGAAUCGAAAGAAAGCUAAAGCCCAGGAUGGUGCUGCGAUGGAAAUGCAGCCUCUCAACAGCGACGAAGGAGCAGACGCUGAAGAGAAGAAGAAAGCCAACCUGCCAAAGAAAGAGAAGUCUGUCCUGCAGGGCAAAUUAACCAAACUUGCUGUUCAGAUUGGCAAAGCAGGAUUGGUGAUGUCUGCCAUCACUGUCAUCAUCCUGGUGGUGCUGUUUGUUGUCGACACCUUCUGGAUCCAGAACCUGCCUUGGAUCAAGGACUGCACGCCCAUUUACAUCCAGUUCUUUGUGAAGUUCUUCAUCAUUGGCGUCACAGUUCUGGUAGUGGCGGUGCCCGAGGGCCUGCCGCUUGCCGUCACCAUCUCCUUGGCUUACUCUGUGAAGAAAAUGAUGAAGGACAACAACCUGGUCCGACACCUGGACGCCUGCGAGACCAUGGGCAACGCCACAGCCAUCUGCUCAGACAAGACUGGAACGCUCACCAUGAAUCGCAUGACUGUGGUUCAGGCCUAUCUGGCGGACAAACACUACAAGAAGGUCCCCGAGCCAGAGAUUCUCCCCGCCUCCCUUCUAGACAUCCUAAUCCUGGGAAUAGCUGUCAACUGCGCCUACACUACCAAGAUCAUGCCUCCAGAGAAAGAAGGCGGCCUGCCUCGACAGGUGGGGAACAAGACCGAAUGUGCCUUGCUUGGCUUCACCACCGACCUGAAGCGAGACUACCAGGCUAUUCGUAACGAGAUCCCCGAGGAGAAACUGUACAAGGUGUACACGUUCAACUCGGUCCGCAAAUCAAUGAGCACGGUGUUAAAGAUGGCCGACGGCAGCUACCGCAUGUUCAGCAAAGGCGCUUCAGAGAUCCUCCUAAAAAAGUGCUACAAGAUUCUGACGGCGAACGGGGAGAAGAAAGUCUUCCGUCCACGGGACCGGGAUGACAUGGUGAAGAAGGUGAUCGAGCCCAUGGCCUCCGAGGGCCUGAGGACCAUCUGCCUGGCCUACAGAGACUUCCCCGCCUCGGACGGCGAGCCCGACUGGGACAAUGAAAACGAUAUUCUGACUGGCCUGACCUGUGUGUGUGUGGUGGGCAUCGAAGAUCCUGUGAGACCCGAGGUACCCGACGCCAUCAGGAAAUGUCAGCGAGCAGGCAUCACGGUGCGGAUGGUGACCGGCGACAACAUCAACACGGCUCGAGCCAUCGCCACCAAGUGUGGGAUCCUGCAGCCUGGAGACGACUUCCUCUGUCUGGAGGGCAAAGAGUUCAACCGCAGGAUACGCAACGAGAAAGGAGAGAUCGAACAAGAACGAAUCGACAAGAUUUGGCCCAAGCUGCGCGUCCUGGCUCGCUCCUCUCCCACCGACAAACACACCCUGGUGAAAGGCAUCAUCGACAGCACAAUAAUCGAGCAGCGGCAGGUGGUGGCCGUGACUGGAGACGGCACCAACGACGGCCCGGCGCUGAAGAAGGCCGACGUGGGCUUCGCCAUGGGAAUCGCCGGCACCGACGUGGCGAAGGAGGCCUCCGACAUCAUCCUGACCGACGACAACUUCUCCAGCAUCGUCAAAGCUGUCAUGUGGGGACGCAACGUGUACGACAGCAUCUCCAAGUUCCUGCAGUUUCAGCUGACUGUCAACGUGGUGGCUGUCAUCGUGGCGUUCACCGGAGCCUGCAUCACCCAGGACUCGCCGCUCAAAGCCGUCCAGAUGCUGUGGGUCAACCUGAUCAUGGACACCUUUGCCUCACUGGCCCUGGCCACCGAGCCCCCCACCGAGUCCCUGCUGCUGAGGAAGCCGUACGGCCGCAACAAGCCUCUCAUCUCCCGCACCAUGAUGAAGAACAUCCUGGGCCAGGCGGUCUACCAGCUGGUCAUCAUCUUCACGCUGCUGUUUGCCGGGGAGAGAAUGUUUGACAUCGACAGCGGCAGGAACGCGCCGCUCAACGCACCGCCCUCGGAACACUACACCGUGGUCUUCAACACCUUCGUGCUGAUGCAGCUCUUUAAUGAGAUCAACGCACGCAAGAUCCACGGCGAGAGGAACGUCUUUGACGGCAUCUUCAACAACAUGAUCUUCUGCAGCAUAGUCUUCGGCACCUUUGUCAUCCAGAUCGUCAUCGUGCAGUUUGGAGGGAAGCCCUUCAGCUGCGUGGCGCUGACCAUCGACCAGUGGCUGUGGUGCACCUUCCUGGGCUUUGGAUCGCUGCUGUGGGGACAGGUCAUCUCCACCAUCCCCACCAGCCGCCUAAAGUUCCUGAAGACGGCGGGCCACGGCACCCAGAAGGAGGAGAUCCCGGACGAGGAGCUGGAGGAGCUGGAGGACAUGGACGAGAUCGACCACGCCGAGAGGGAGCUGCGGCGCGGCCAGAUCCUCUGGUUCCGAGGACUCAACCGCAUCCAGACUCAGAUGGAUGUAGUCAGUGCGUUCCAGAGUGGCACUUCCUUUCAGGGGGCCCUCAGGCGGCAGGCCUCCAACUCCAGCCAGCAACAGCACGAUAUCCGGGUGGUGAACGCAUUCCGCAGCUCCAUCUCCCUCUAUGAGGGUCUGGAGAAGCCCGAGUCCAGGACGUCCAUCCACAACUUCAUGACGCACCCCGAGUUCCGGAUAGAGGACUCGGAGCCCCACAUCCCGCUCAUCGACGACACGGACGCGGAGGACGAGGCCCCCACCAAGCGCAACUCCGCCACCCCGACGCCGCCCUCGCCCUCCGCCUCCCCCACGCCCGCCACGCCCCUCGCUCCCUCCCCCUCCCCCAACCAGAACAAUAACGCUGUGGAGAGCAGCAACCACCUCCUGCCGGAGGGCACCAAGUCAGGAAGCCUGUCGGCCCCGGCCAGUCCCCUGCACAGCCUGGAGACCUCCCUCUGACUCGGCCCAGGGGGAGGGGGCGGGGCCUGACGCCCCCCACCGCACCACUCUGCACCCCCUGGCUGUCACUGGGGCUGAAGCCAGACUUGGAUCGGAACUGUUUUUAUCAUUCUAUUAAUAUUAUUAUUGUUAUUAUUACGAGUGUGUGAGAGUGGGGGGGGGGCGGCUUCUCUUUUCUCUGGAUGGUGUUGUAUAUUUAGCUCCUUCUGCUCAUUGGAAAUGUACUUCUGCUCCAUUGGCUGUUAAUAUUUUGACUUAUUUAUGUUUUUUGGAGAAAAGCAGGUCUGUUUACAAAGUUUGUAGAUACUUUUUUUUUUCUUUCAGUUGGUAGGCAAAAGAGCUUCCUGAUGUCAGAUGCGUGGCGCCGGGACACAUCCCAGAGGGCAAACUCCGAAACUGCUGUAUUUUCAGGAGAAAGUGUUUCUAUUGAAACUCAACUAUUUUUGCCUGCAAUUUGUUUUGUUAUAUAUUUGUAGAUACAACUAGAAACUUCUAGCCAAACCGCUAAACACUAAGGCUUGUAUAGACCCGAGGUGGCACCUGAGUCCACUCACUUGGCUCUAAAUACUCUUCCAUUUCUUGAUCGUUUUCAUGUGCACAAGAACUUCUGGGUUCUCUUUUCAUUCUUCUCUUGUGUUUGAGGAUUUCCACAUGUUGAAAGGUUUUGUGUUUUUGCUUUUGCGUUGAAGGGAGUCUGGGGGUCCGUGUUUGUCAAGCAUCGUCCUGAAGGGAGGGAAGCGCUCACCGGCACCUGUCCGUCACUUGUGCUUUUGGCCAAACCUCUGGAAUCGGACGAGCCGGCGGAUCAGAGGCUCGCGUGCGUCCAACGUGAAUGUGCCUUGGCUUUCAUUGGUCGGAGCCACGCGGUGGCGAUGCUUGAGAAAGGCGGACCCUCUUUUGUCGUUGAUCUCGGAACACGAUCCCCCCGCCCUCGCCGGUUCCCUCAGGCUCAGACAAGACGUCACUGAAAUCUCUUUUCCGCAAAGUUUGGUCUGGUUUCACCGCGACGACCCGUCGCUGCCGUUGAUUUAUGAAUGCUGUUUUGACACCUGAUGUUACUGGAAACACUGAAGAUUUGGGCGGAUGCUCUUUCCCAAAAUAAAGCGUACACAUACACUGGGAUCUAUCUGCACAGGGUACUUUGUUUCCUAGCGUUUUGAUACGGAUCGUACUCAGAUGUACCUUUGUAUUUUUAUGACGAUAACGGAUGAUGCCUUUCAUCACGCUCAACUCACUUUGGAUGGUUUGACACCGAUCACAUUCUCCGGGGGGAUUGUUCAUCUCAGGGUGAAGAGGGACUUUUGACAUGUCAGGAUGGACCUCACUGGACACGUGGAAGCACUCGCUCAAUUGUUCCCCGCUCUGGUGUGUUUCCCUUCCUUCACAGACGGCGGCGACGACGACGACGACGACAGCAGCAGCUGGAAGGUGGUAGAGACAAACAGAAUCCAUCCACGGACGUUUGUUGUGUAGCUUCUUCCUGUAAUGGGGACGAAUGUUUUCCAUCUGUUUUAUGGAUUAUUAUUUUUUUAUCUUUUAACAUUUGGAAAUAAAAGUACAGUUCAUGUCUGUUUAUCUUGAGCAUUUUAAGUGGAUAUCGUGGUUGGAUUUACAUUUGAAACUUGUCC